AUGAAGGGCAGAGAGCUCCAACUACGAGACCUACCCCUAGAGCUCAUCCUUCAAGUGCUCCCAUUCGAAGAGUGUUUACUCAACCAGCAAUCGGACGUGUCGAUACCAUGGCUCAAUUACAUGGAUUACAAAAGAUGCUAUCGCCUAUUAGGUGAAAGUGGGAUUGGAAACGCACGAUGUGGACAUAAAUUUGACUUGGAGAUGAAAUAUGGCAAGUUGAUCUAUAUAAAUUUUGGCAAAUUCAUAGAUGCAAAGUACUUGAAAAAAUACAUCAUCUUUGACGCCAACGCGAUUAACGACAUCAUAUUCGACUACCCGGACUUGGUGAGAUGUUUAAAAGUUUGGACGGGAAAUUUGGAUCAUGAUACAUAUUUGUGGCUAGAUUUUGUCAAUAUCCAAAGUUGCAGUUCAAAGCAGUUACAUGAUGUUAUGUUCACUGACAGCACACAAAUAGAGCCUGACGCAGCCCUUGGUUUGGACUGCUUGGUGACUCGCUCAUGCUGUGGUUCAGACAUAAAAUCGGUUCUGCUCAUUUCUAAUUUGAGAUACGAAUUUCUACGCAAUUUGAAGCAUGUGGAGAUGGAUAUGGCAUUAGAAAGCUUUACUGUCCUCAGGAAGAAGUUGAAUGAGUCCAUGACUGAGUGCCACAAAAUUGCUCCAAAGUCGCUACAUAUAUAUUUAAAAUUGGAAAAAGAUCAAGCCCAUCCCCAAAUUUUUCCUAUAGAGUGGAUCACUAGUAUAUUCAACUUACAAUCGGUAGAAGAGUUUUCACUCCAUUAUUACAAAAAGUGCACCUCCCUUGCGUACAUGAGUGACUGGAUUGAGAAGAUGCCACAUUUGAAAUCACUAAACUUGGGAUUUGGAAAGUUGAACUUUGCACAGAUUCCUCGUCAGCUUGAAGAUGCUCAUCAUAAUAGCAAAACUAACAUUCAGGUGAAGGUCGAUAAAAAAUACUUCAAUUCCAUACAACACAAAUACAAUCGGUGCUAUUGGCAGGAAAGGAAGUUUAGAGAUUGCGUUAUUGUUUGUAGAACAGGUCACUAG